AGUGAAACUAAAAAGCAGAAAUAAAAACUUGCCAGGAUGGGGACAAUAAAAAAAAGGAAGAAAGUCGGUGAUGGAGUGCCAGCAGGAGCAGAGAUUUCAACACAACGACUCGAAGUGCUCCCGAAGCUAUGUCGUCUCAAGGGACCGGCACAGUGGUGCUGGUGGUUCUUUCCCUGUUGACGCCAGGCUGCUUGGCAGCUGCCGAGACGGAUGAAUACCCGUUCAAAAAGUGCGUGACUUCGUUUAGGGGAAUCGUCGAUCUCUCCAAUCAAAAUCGAACGUCCUUUCCCGUACUUCUGCCCGACACGACGGAAUACCUGGACAUCUCUUACAACCCGAUCAAGAGUAUCACCGCGGAGGCUUUGCCCCGACUUCCCCUCCUGUGUUUCCUGAAGGCAACUUUUUGCGGGCUCAGGGAGAUUUCUCCCAGCGUGUUUCAGCACAUUCCCGCACUUCAAUUUCUCAAUUUAUCCUCCAAUGAAUUCCGGAGCGUUCCCGCCGUUUCACUGCCCCGAUUGACAUUUUUGGAUUUGUCCGAUAAUCUCUUCGAGGGCUAUCGGCUCCCCGAGUCUUUUCAGAAUUUGACAAAUCUGCAAGUGUUGUACUUGGGGAGCAAAGUGGCUCAAUCGGUACUUUUAGAUGACUUCAAACCUCUGGCGAACGUCACCCUGCGCGAUUUGAUUUUGGGCGCCGGCAUCCCCUGGCGGGUGUACGAGCCGGGAGCUUUGGGGAUGUUGUCUACGCAGAAACUCUCCCUUUACGUUGACUUCUGCGGCCGCUUCGACGUAUUCAACCACCUGCUGGUGGAUUUGAACGCCACGCGGGUGAGCGCCCUGAGGGUCCUCACCGUUUUUUCCGACGACUGCGACGUUACCGUCGACCCCUUCCUGAACGUGAGAUCGAUGCCGUACCUGCAAAACCUCACCAUCGAAAACACGUUUAUCAACAGUUCCUUCCUGGAGAUCUUUUUAAAAACCAUUUGCCUUGCUCCUCUUCAGGAAUUAUUUUUCGUCAACAUCACGUACAGCGAGGACAAACCCGACGGCAUGCAGUUCCACUUUCGCCCCGCCAAUCACAGCAUCAGUUUGCGCGCCGUGACUUUCGAUAAGGUGAACCAUUAUCAAUACAGGUAUCCCAUAUUCAACAUGAGCUUCCAGGACGCGUUAAAUUUGAAGCGCGUCAAGUUUUCCGGGAGCGGUAUGAAUAUUUUACCGUGUAAAAUUUUAACCACGCUGCCGACACUAGAAACCCUGGACGUGUCCGACAACCUCCUGUCGGAUUUUGGCUUCUGGUGGCCUUCGUGUUCCGACGCGUCGGCCUUCCCGAGCCUGAAGCGCCUUUUGAUGAGCAAGAACCGUUUCCUCAGUUUGUCUUUCAUCUCGGCGCAGACGCACAAGAUGAGGCGGCUGGAGUCCCUGGAUUUGAGUUUCAACUCCAUCUCCCUGGACGAAAGAUGCAACUGGCCGGCGCAUUUAAUCGAGAUUAAUCUUGGCAAUAACAAUCUGGGCAACGGCGUUUUUGAGCAGCUCUCUCCAAACUUUGAGCGCAUUUACUUAUCCAAAACGGGAAUCACCGCCAUCACCCAAUCGGACCUGUCUCGGUUUCCUAAACUGACCCACCUCAAGCUCAGUUUCAACAGCAUCAAAGUGCUACCGGAGCAACUCAGCGCCCCGAAUCUGAUCCUUCUCUUUGUAGACCAGAACGCAAUCACAACUCUUUCCCGGGAAGUCUUGGUAGGACUUCCUCAGCUUCAGAUCCUCAAAGUCGGAAACAAUCCCUUCAUCUGUUCCUGUGACCUCCACUGGUUCCUCGUCGGUUUAAACACGUCCUUGCUCUCAAACUGGCCUUUGGAUUACUUCUGCAGCGCGCCGGUCAAGUUUGCCGGACUUCCCCUUUCCGAGUACAAAAUCAGCGCGAUCGCCUGCGAAGCGUGGCUCCAAACCACCGUCGCUUUCGCCAUCUUGCUAUCGGUAGCGAUCACGGCGGGCGUGCUUUUUUAUAAACUGGAUGGCGUGUGGUACACCAAGAUGCUAUGGGUGUGGAUCCGGGUGAAGAGGCGGAGCAAGAAGCAUUCGCACUUGCUGAAGAAUAUGUCCUUUUCCUACCACGCGUUCGUCUCGUACAGUCACAAGGACGCCGACUUUGUGAACGGCAAACUGGCGCCGUCCUUGGAGGGCGCCGGGUUUUCCCUCUGCGUCCACGAACGGGAUUUCGUACCCGGCGAGUGGAUCAUCGACAACAUCAUCAACUGCGUGGAGUCCAGCUACAAAACCCUCUUUGUCCUUUCCAAAGAUUUCGUCCGGAGCGAAUGGUGCAACUACGAACUCUUCUUCGCCCAACACCGAGCAAUCAACAUCCAACAGGAUUCGUUGGUUUUCCUCCUCUUGGAACCCAUCCCCACAGAUUGCCUGCCCAAAAAGUACUUGAGACUGCGAACUUUGCUCCGGCAGCAGACGUACUUGGAGUGGCCCAAGGACGAACGGAAGCAGCAAGUGUUUUGGGCCAGUUUGAAGUCCAUGUUGCACAUGGCGGACAAAUCGAUCGUUUUGAGGGACGCGGCUGUCAAUCUCGCGGCUACAGCAGCUCUACUUACGAACCAGUCUUAACGUGUUUUUUUUUUUUUUGCGGGUUACCGCGAUUGUCGAAAAAAAAAAAUCAGCAUUUUCAACUGUUAUACUGUUUACCAUUCCUAGUACACUUUAUAAUGUGUCGAUUAUUAGUGAUGGUUGAAAGAAACAAAAUGACGCUCCUGUUCAUAGCUUGUGAAUUCAAAUCUUGAAUAAAUGUCCUCACUAA